GCCUGCAUGAAUGGUGAGGUGUGCUCUUGAUUCUCAGCGGCGUGUAAGACACGAGAGUUUAAAUGGAAAUAAAUCUUCGUAACAAAGCACAGACAAAGUAGGGCUCAGUAACGUUAAUGCAGGGAUGCUUCCUGCUUUUGUCAAUAUAGAUUUGAGGUGCUUUAUUUAGGCGAAACAAUUCUUAAUGACAUUUUAUGAAAUGCAAUGCAAUGUAGUAUUUUUUUUUUUUUUAGUUUAUUAGAUGUUAGAUUAGACAAUUUCAAAUAUAGUUAAGCCAAGAAGAACAAUCCCCAGUUAAAAGAUUUGGAGCCGACUCUUAUUGGUGAGCUGAGUCAAAUAGAAAUUGCCAUCAAUACUACUGAAAGGUUACUUUGCAAGGGGCCAAAAUGUUUGAGCUUGGUGUACACUGCAUUUUUACUACCUUUCUAUUUCACUUUAUAUAUAUAAAUGUGUAUAUAUUUAUUAGAUAGACAAAUAGACAGUGCAAAAUGAGUCAUCGAGAGAAUUUCUUCCUCCAGGCAAUGAUUUGAUGUCAGCAGCAAAUGAAACCUUUAAGACCUUUAAGAGUUGAGUGUAAACAGUGCCACCAUGUCAGUUAAGGUAGAUUUUGUCAUGCAGUGUCCAUCGUCAGGGUGUGUAUCCUGUAAGAGCUGUAGUUUCAUAUAUACCUUGUGAAACCUGUUUUCCUCUCCAUUACGUCUGGCCCUUCCACCGGCUCGAUCUGGCUCAUCUGUCGUCAAUUGUCAACAUUCCGUUUUAUCAAGGAGUCACAAAACUACACCCAAGGGCAAAGAUGCUGGUUGUACUCCUCAUCAUGGGGGGAUUACUUCCCCUAAUCCACGCUGAUGAUUUUCCACUCAGCAUGUUAUCAUUCGAAGACAGAGUAAUCACGGGCCGAUUCAUCAACUCCCUCCUGCUGAGUUUGCCUCCCUGUACCUACGCUGGCCAGAGUGUGGACCUGGAGUACCUGAAUUGCUACACCAAUAAAAGCUACACCCUGUACAACAUUUUCACGGUUCGAAACUGUAACAGCAGCGGCGACCUGACAGGACCAACCGCAUUCAGCAGAAACAUCGGAUACCAGCUGAUGAACCUCACCAAUGGCACACAGUACAGGAUUAGCUAUAAAAUUGGAAUGUACAGAAGCACCCCUCUGAUGGCAACUACAAGAACAGUAUCUAGCUACACAGAAAUCGAAGUUGGCUUUCCAGGACGCAGCGCAGCAAUGGUGGUGAUCACAGUCAUCCUGUCUGUGGCUGCGUUUAUCCUGCUAAUUGGGAUCAGCAUCAGUACGUUGGUGUCCCCUAGUGAUGAGUAAAACAACGCUUCAGGUUCAGAAAUCAAGUCUAUCACAUUAUACACUUCACAAAUAUACACUGCCACAUGGGGUGUUCAAAGGCUUUUGACUGACAGUGAAUAGGUUAUUUUAUUCCAUUUCUUUCUUAAGACAUAAUAAAAUAAAUACUUAAACUAGCUAUCAAGCUAAGAAUUUUGUAGAUUAAAUCUUUUCAUAAGGUCUAUGCCUUUCACAAUCAUUCUGCUGUAGAAAGGUGAUUUGUCUCUUUUUUUUUCAAAUAAGUAAUUUCACAAGAUCUUUUUUCUUUUGCUGUAACAUAUUUAUCGUCUACUUUAAUCACAACAUGACAAACGCACUGACAAUUGUUUUGUUGAUCAUUUCAAUACAAACAAUUCUUUCUCAGUAAUGUGUUGUUUUCUUGUAAUAUACUGUUAUAACUGGUAGACUAACUGCAUUCAGAUUUAAUAAUAAAUAUUAAUAUGAUUCAAAUA